AGACAGGCGGUUCCGGAGGAAUGGAGACUCAGACUGCGACGUAAUAGAAGGGUCCAAGGGGAAUGGAUCGCCUUGACCACAGAGGACCCGCCAUCAACGCUGUUCAGGAUAACAGCACAAGAACAGGAGGAAUGGUACUGGGCAGAGGGAUGGGAGGUACUGCAGACGGGGACAGCGUUGGGGAAACCAAUGAUGAGGUGUGGGCAGAGGGAUGGCAGGAUACACAGAGACAACAUGAGAUCUGUGGCGGUGGUCAGGGACAAAAAGAAAGGAAAGGGGACAGCUUCAGACCAUUCCAGAUAAGCCAACACCCCCUCCAGAUUCCCUGGGACCCAUCGAUGUGGGAAUGGAGGGCGACAAACUCCCAGCGCUGCCCGAUGCUGGCACACCAUGUCACGACGAAGGUGAUCUACAGAUCACUAAAUGCACCAACGGACAUGGCUGACGAGAUGAGGGAGAGAUGGAAGAAGAAGGGGUGGCUUGAGCAAUCCCAGGUGGGGAAGUGGACGCAGCAGAACUGGGAGAGAGCGUGCACAUUACUCACUAUGCUGCCGAACCAGAAACAAGCAGGGGGCUUGUGGUUGACUUUGCAAAUGGCAGUGCCUACGUACCAGUGGAUGGCCGAGUACAGCUCGGCCACGGACAAGGACUGCAAAGCCUGUGAGGGGAGGCAAGAAACCUUGCCACACAUAUGGCUGGAAUGCGAACCGCAAGAAACUUUUUGGGAGUGGUGGGGCACAAACGGGAGGCAAGUGCCACUGCACCCGCAAUCGCCUGAGCACAGGGUGGAGGUGUUGGUGGGCCAGCUGUUGGCCGGUACACAGACCCGGAUGGUCCAUGCGUAUGCAGGGGAUGUGAUACGGGGAGCCUUUUGGGAAGCGAUGUGGGCAAUGAGGGGAAGACUGUUGAGAACAGGGGUGAAGGGGUCAGCAAGGACACUGCAACAGUGGUUCCUAAAAAACCUCAAGGUAUCGGUCACGGCAGAUAUGCAGAGAAAUCAAAAUGGGAAUUGGAGAUUCCUCAAAGAGGCGUGGGAUAAGUACACGGAUGUGUUGUGGAUGGGGGGGAAGAUGGGACAGUGGGGAUGGGCUGAGGCCUUUGGAGAAGGGGGAAGAAGGGAAGGGGAGGCACAGGGGGACGGCGGUUCGUCACAAACAAGGGCAGAGAACGGGGCGGGGGAGGAGGGAAGGAGCGUCGGGGAAGAAAGGAGUUGGACACAGGAAGAGAGGAGGGAAGACAUGACCCGGGACCGGGGGAUCUGCCGGGAAAGGAAUGACACAGGAAUGACGAUAUCUGAAACGGUAUCGGAGAUUUCGACGGAGGAACAAGACGUCGAUAGUGGCUGACAAGGUGCAGGACCGCCGAGGAACCCGGAACCCUGGAUAAGGCAGGAUAAUAGAAGGGUAAGGGAGCUCGGGGGUGGUGUAUAGAUCUG